UAUCACUCUUAACAUUACUCGGUGCGUUAAAUAGAUACUGUGACGAAAACAUUGUAUCUAUACACCCGAAUCAUUACCAAAGUGAUGUGCUCAUACUUUGUAUUGUAAUACACUAUUAUAUGACUUGACUUACUUAAUAAUAUAAUAAUUUUCUUUUUUACUUAUAAUUUAUUGUGGGAUGAACGGAUUUCAUAUGGCGACUUAGACUGCAAAUUGAGCUCAACAAUAAUGUAAAUAUACGAGAGCAGUAGACGCCAUUCUUUCUUUCAUUUAUUAAACACGCAUUAAUUAAUAUAAAAUAUUACUAAACAAUUAAGAGCGACUAGCGAUUUUACAAAAGUUACGAAUAAAAAAUUAAGUAACUACUUGCGGGGAACUACCGGCUGGCCACAUGAAAAAUAUAAACAUAAAUACCUAUAUUAAAAUUCAGACGUACCAUAGGUAUAAAAAUGUACCUAGCGACCAGGGCAUACGGUUCAAAAUCACUAGGAAUAAUUCCGUGUCGCUUGCUCAUGUAUUUUGCGUAGUGCUGUAGCACUGCACGUCAAGCCAUCGCGUUGCAGCGUCGAUCGGUCUGUCUCGCUCGCUCGGUUCCCUUCAUAUAAUAAGCAACAUUACACGACAAAGAAAGGAACAUGUUGGGUGAUAGUGUGAUGUUUGUUUCCUUCGCGUAAUGUGUGAUGUUGCAUUACAUCGUAGAGUCAUAUUACCGGAGUAAUAUCACUCGCGUUACUUACACAUGUCUAUUGUAUAAUUUAUCAAAAUCUAACUUAUUUUUUAACUUGUUCUAAUUAUGUUAAAAAAGAUGUAACGGAAUUAUAUCAGAAACUGAAAUGUUGUUCUUGUAAAUUGUUAAAUUAAAUAUUAAAACUUAUCACUUUUGUUAAUUCAUAUUGCUUUGACUCUCAUUCUAAAGCAAAGGCUGGUGUAUAUAAAGGCUUAGCUGAUUUUUUAGUUAAAAUGAUGGACGAACAUCAUGAACACCACAAUAUGGAUAUGGGCCAUGCUGGGCAUGAACACCAUGGGAUUGAUCAUUCAAGACAUAUAGGCCACCAAAUGCCUAUUAAUGGACUUCUUAAUUCAUCAUAUAACAGAAUUGUGCACAACACAGAUAUGAAUGAUCACAAUGUCCACACUUUUUCAGGCCAUGGUGAUCACAGUAGCCACAAUAUGGGCAUGUCCAUGACGUUUCACGGUGGCUACAUUGAAACUAUUCUCUUCUCUUGGUGGAACGUAACAGAAGUUGGUGAAUUUGUGGGAUCAUUUUUUGCAAUAUUUAUUAUAGCUUUGCUCUAUGAAGGCCUUAAAUAUUAUAGAAAGCAUUUACUAUGGAAGACAUAUGCAGGACUACAGUAUUGUGCCGUAGCACCACCAGACAAGGGAGUUGCCAAUAUUUGUGCAGCAGAUGAACCACAAAUUGUACAGCCAAUUCCUCAUAUGCUUGAAAGAAAUGUUCCUACGAUGAUGAGCACAGCACACGCAUGGCAAACGAUACUUCAUGGGGUUCAAGUGCUAGUUAGUUAUAUGUUGAUGUUGGUUUUUAUGACUUACAACACAUGGCUGUGCGCUGCUGUAGUAUUAGGAUCAGCGACAGGGUACUUCCUCUUUGGUUGGCGCGAAUCGGUAGUUGUUGACUUCACUGAACAUUGUCACUGAUGAAAAAUGUUCGCAAUUAUAAUGGUGAUUAGUAUUAGUUGUGAAGACCUUGUUUCGAAUACUGCUCAAAUAUAAAAAUCCAUGUUAUAAGAGGAAAGAUUAUAUGAAGUGCUGUUGAAUGAUUUAUACCAGUUAUACAAUAAAAAAAUGUAUCAUUUUAUGUUUGUACAAUCAUAUUAUUUAAUAAAAGAAUAUAUGACAAUA